AUGGAGCGACCUCGGCUUUCAUCGUUGCUGGUCCUGCUUCUCUCAGGCCUCAUUUGCUAUGCUCUCAGCGCUGCAGUCAAGUUUAUCCCAGGGGCAGAUGGACGCUUCGUCUCCGGCAAAGACGAGUCGGUUCUCGGUAUUGCCUCUGACGACGCCCUGCUCAAGGGAUCCAGCGCCCAUCUUCCCAAUCGGCCCAGGAGAUGGUCUCUUCCGGUCUUGAUUCUCGCCAUUGUCCUUCGACUGGAAGCAUUUCAUCUGGUGAACAAACAGCAACAAUGUGCUACUCCUGGACUCGAGUCAUUUUUGUGCAUCUUCCUUAUCGGCUAUGAGAUCUUCUCCACGCGCCGGCGAUGGGGCUUCCCAGUCUCUGAGGACGACGACGAUCCCUGGCGCAGCGUAUUUGAUGAUAUCUACGACUGGUUCAGCGGACCUCGAGUGGUCAUGUUCAACACUGUCAUGAGCGCCCUCGUUUUCUCGCUGGGCACUUUCUUCUCAAUAUCGCAGAUCCGGCGCUCAACUUACUUUUGCUUCCACCUCAUUGACAGCCGGUUCAACACCGUUACACUGCAACUCCUAGGCCUCGCACUUGAUGCUACCAUUGUCAUCUUGCUCUGGCGAUUGUUGGCAUGGGCGCGAAGCAUCAAGCUGCGGAUCCGGAUUCUGAGCUCGGUGCUCCUCCUAUCAGCUGCCUCGGUGGGAAUCUUAUGGGCUGUCAACGCCAUUUUCAGGGGCACCCAUAGAGUAAACGUCUCCUUUGGUUCUCUGUAUGGCUUUGAUGCCGUAAUUGAUAGCUUUGCUUUUACUGCGCUCAUUACGUCCACCAUGUUUUGGAUAUGCGAGACAUCUACUAUUACACCUGUUAGCACCUUGACCUUCUUGAUAGGCAUCUGGAGCUGUUGUGACAGGAUUUUCCGUUACGGAGAUUGGCUACACCUUUCACGACUCGCUGCGCUGGGGCCACUGUGGAUGAUUGUUGCCGGUACCAUUACUUUCUUGUAUCUUCAUGAUCUCCACUCCGUCUUAUUCGUUCGACGGAUCAUGUUUGCGGUCUUGCUUUUGGCUCUUCUCUUGGCUACAACAAUAUUCAUUCUCAUAAAGAAGCCGGAAACCUUUGGCAAUGGAAUUCAUCCUGUCAACGAAUUCGUCUACAGAGCUCACGUUGAGCACGACCGCUGGAAGGCACUAGUUAGCGUCAGUACGACGCUCGCAACAGCCGUCACAGUCUACCAGGAGCGGCAUAAGGGGAAGUUGCCGCCACCCAAUUUUGAUGCGUGGUUCAAAUAUGCGGAAGAUGAUUCGGUCAUGAUUGACGGCUGGGACCAGAUCGAUCGAGAUGUUGGCCCCUUCUGGAAUGUUCCUCCUGCUGUGCUCCGUAAAAGAGCAGAUGAGAUGGCGGCGAUGCCGGACGUUGCAGCCAUUACGGUCAAGGAUGGCAAGGUGACUCGAGCAAACACAGGAGAUGAGAGUCACGACAAGGAUCUAGACGAGCUGGUUCAGAUGAUUGCAAAGUUUUCCACGCACCUCCCUAACAUGGUUCUACCGAUCAAUCUCUCUCCAGGACCUCGGGUGUUACCACCGUGGGAAGAGGCAAAUUCGAAGAGUCGGGCGGCUGAGCUCAGCUCGGUAGCUGAUUUACUAUCUCGGCGUUCACUCGAUGAGGCAAUCCACAGCAAUAGCAGUGAGACACUGUCAGCAGAACACGAGAAGGAACCGACAGCCGAAACCAGCAAUGAUGGUAGAAGCAGCAGCAGCAGCAGCAUCAACAACAAUAUUGAUCCUCCUAUUCCUCCUCAAAGCACAGUAUCCGCUGGCGAACUCCGUCAGAUGCUAGUCGAAGCAUGCCAUCCCCUGUCAAAGAGCAGGACCAGGCCUCACUGGAACUUUAUGGAAUUCUGUUGGUCAUGCGCAAAGGAUCAUUCCUUUGGCCAGCUUCUUACCAACUGGCAAAAGUCAUUGGAUACGUGCUCCCAGCCUGACCUGCGGCUGCUGCAUGGAUUCUCCCUCACGGAUCCUCGCUGGCCGCCGCUCCGCCGGCUCGCGCCCCUAUUCAGCGCGGCCAAGACGGACGAGUUCAGCGACAUUGUCAUACCGCUUCCCAGGACCAGGCUGGAGGAGCCCGACAUCAAGUGGCAAUUUACACGACGAUACGAUAGUCUGGGCUGGAGAGGGGUUCUGGGGGAACACGCAAUCAAUAGUCAGGCCCUGCGCGGAAGUCACAAAUAUCGCCUGCUGCAUCUCGCCGGCGCGCCGUACCCGCGCGACAGCGUCAUCAUGGUCCUCCCGACGACAGAGUCCCCCGACAGGUUCGGCUACGAAAGGGUCUCGGCCGCAGAGGCCAACGCCGUGAUGCCCUUUAGCCUGGGCGUGACAAACUCUACGACGUGCUCGGAGCACAGCGGCUGCAAGCUCGUCGAGAAGGCCUAUGGUAUCCGCGAUGACGCCGCCGAGCUGCUGGAAUACCGCUACGUCCUGCUAGCGGAUGAAGACGACGGCCCUCCGCAGCAGUGGCUCCGCACUAUACGCUCGAAUAGCCUGCCGUUUGUAUCAACCAUCUUCCGCACAUGGUUCACGGAGCGGCUGAUGCCGUGGCUACACUUUGUGCCCAUCGACCCAAGAUACCAGGGCCUGCACUCAACCUUUACCUACUUCUCGGGCACAGAGGGCCGGCCCAAGGUGAAUGACAGGGAAGUUCCGAUGCCGGGCCGCACGGCGGACGCAGAGUGGAUCGUCCAGCAGGGCCAGCGAUGGGCGGAAAAGGCACUGCGGGAGAAGGAUAUGGAGAUUUACUUGUUCCGGCUGUUGUUAGAAUGGGGGCGCCUGAUUGACGAUCAGAGGGAUGAGAUUGGAUUCCGCAAGGUUGAUAACGGAGGGUUCCAGAACGACAAAUGGACUCAACAGCAGCAGGGUGGGGGAUAA